AUGGCGACGACCGUAAUCACCACAAAGAACGCUUCGACCAGCCAACUAGCAACCACUGUUCCUCCAAACCAGUCGCUAUACAUCCAGAACCUACCCGAAAAGCUGCAAAAGGACGACUUGAGACGUGAGCUGUAUAUGCUGUUUUCGACCUAUGGCCCAGUAUUCGACGUUGUGGCGUUGAAAACAAAGAGCAUGAGAGGUCAGGCGCAUGUGCUAUUCCGAGAUGUGCAGAGUGCGACACAAGCCAUUAGGGCAUGUCAAGGCUUCGAGUUCAGUGGCAGAGAGAUGAGGAUAUCAUACUCCAAAAAUCGAUCACACACCUUAGCAAAGAUGACAGGGAAAUUCAAUCAACCAACAGCAGCAGCCGAGAAGCCAAAUGCUGCAUCUGCAGCGCCUGGAGCGCCUGCCACUUUUGCCGCAAUUCCUGGCGCAGCGCCUGCACAAGCUACAUCUGGUACACCGGCUGCUCAGAUCACGAACGGUGACAGGGCACCACCGCAAGGCAUUAAGAGGCCGCGAGACGAUGACGAGGAUGAGGUGGAGGAGGCUGAGAUGGAGGUCGAUGAUGAUGAUGAAAUGGAGAUGAGUGACGACGAUUGA